AUGAUGUCACAUAUUGUAAAUGGAGGGAAGACUAUCAUUCUCAAAACUCCUUUUCUCUCUCUCUCUCUCUCUCUCUCUCUCUCUCUCUCUCUCUGUGUCCCUCUUUUUUCAUGCAUUAUAUUUGGCUCAUAUUCUUUCUUUCUUUCUUUAUAUAUUCUUAAAACUGGCAUUUCUUUUCCCUUUCACUUCUUUUUCUUUAUCUAUUUUUCUUUGAUUAUCCUUUCUGUUUUACAUGUGUUUUCUCUAUUUUUUUCUUUAAAUGAUUAUGCUUCUCCGUUCCAUGUUUACGUCUUUCCCUCUUUACAAAUUUUACAAAAGAAAAAAAAAACCCAAAAAACAAAAGACGGCGUUGUAUUUAUUUGCCGCCCAUUUAUUGACCUUUUCUCUCCCUUUUCCGUUUCUCUCUCUCUUUUAACUUCGCAGUCCACAUCUCUCCAUCAUUCCAACCAUUAUAUCUUCGUUUAUGCUCCAUGUCUUCUCCAUAAUCAAUACCUGUCUGUUUUUGUUUUUUUUUCUUCUCUUUUCUCCUUCCGCUACGUCACUCUAUCACUUCGAGACAAAUUCAUCCAAUCGCAGGGCGAGAAUUUUUUAUUCGUUAUCAUUCUAUUCUCAUUCGCUUUCUUCGAUUUUCCUUCACUUUCUUUAUUUCUUACUUUCUUUUCCUUAUCAUCUCUCCCUUCUCUAUACAUUCGCUUUUGCUUUUUCUUCUCUUUUUUUUUUCAUUUUUGUCUCAUAAUGUCUUUUCUUUCUACUGACAUUUUCUUUUCUUUUUGCAUCAUUCUUAUUCUCUUUCUGACUUUCUUUCACUUUUUCUGUCAUCAUUUUAUUUUCUCUUUCUUUUUUUUCUUUUUUUCUUUUUCUUUUUUCUUUUUUCUCUUUCUUUCUUUCUUUCUUUCUCUAUUUUUCUCUUUUCUUUCUACUUCAUCUCAAUCACUGUUUAUUUAUUUGUUCAUCUGCUUGUUCAUUCGUUCAUCUGAUUUCGUUCUUAUGGGAUUUAAUAUCUCUUUAUGCCAUCUAGAUUAUUUCUGUAAAAAAAUGAAUGAUUUUUUUUUUAUUCGCUAUUCAUCUUUUUCUUUAUUUCUUACAAACUUUCUUUUUCAUUUAUUUCUCUUUCUUUCGUUUCUUUUUCUUAAAAUUUUUGAAAUGCCACCCAUUUCUUUCGUUAUUUAUUACAUACUUUAUUUUUUCCAUUCGUUCUUUCAUUUAUAUUUAAUUUCUAUCACAUUUCUUUCUUUUUUUUAUAUAAUUCCUGCAAAUAUCUUUUGUAAUUUCUAUUUAUUGCUUUUUCCUUCGUUCUCUUUUACAGGAACGAUUUUCAUUUUGUUCCUCUUUCUUUCGGUGUUUCCUCCCGUUCUUAUUCAUUCGUAUUUUUUGAUUUUCUUCCAUUUUAAACAGAAGUUUGUUUUUCCGUUCGUCACUUAUUUUGCUUCUUUUUUCCAUAUUAAUUCCUUAAUCCUUCCUUCGUUCUAUUCUUCAUGUUAUUUUUUUCAUUUUCUCUCUUCAAUAUUUCGUGCUUACUCAUGGAAUUUAAUUUUUUUUCUUUCUUUUUCUGUCAUCUUCUUUUCUUUCGUCGUUCUUUUUCUUUCUUUGCUACUAGCUUUUCUUUUGUUUCAUUCCAUCCUAUUUCUUUUGUUUUUUCUUACCGCUUUUAUCCCCACUUUCUUACUGAUGUAUUUUUUUGCUAAUUUCUUUUUCUUUUUAUUUCAUGUUUUUUUUUUCGCCGUUUUUCCGUAUUACUUUCAUUCGUUUUAA